UUGCCCCCACCGACACAUCCCGAGGCCCCCUCCCGCCCCCUCACUCUCUUCCGCCCUCCCUUUAUCUGUUAUUACUGGAUCUAUGUCGUAAAUUGGCCUACUCUGUUUUUUUUUUUUUUAUUUUUUUUUUUGUUUAAUGGCGUCCAACGGCCACCGCCACCAGCGCGACGACAGCGCGGACGACGAGGACGACACGCCCACGAAGAAGCAGCCGCGCUCGGACAGAGAGGCGCCCGCCUCAGGCUGCCUUCUCCGGAGCGAGGCCGACAAGGAGGCGGCGGCCGCGCUGGCCGGACGUGCCUCGUCGCCCCGCAGCGCCUCUGACGCGACGCCGAGGCUUCGUAGCGACUCCGUGAAGAAGAGCAGGCCGCCGUUCCCGUGGUUCGGCAUGGACAUCGGCGGCACGCUGGUGAAGCUGGUGUACUUCGAGCCCCGCGACAUCACGGCAGAGGAGGAGCAGGAGGAGGUGGAGAACCUGAAGAGCAUCCGCCGCUACCUGACGUCCAACACGGCGUACGGCACCACGGGCAUCCGCGACGUGCACCUGGAGCUGCGGGAUCUGACGCUGUGCGGCCGCACGGGCAACCUGCACUUCAUCCGCUUCCCCACGCACGACCUGCCCGCGUUCCUGCAGAUGGGCCGCAACAAGCACUUCUCCAGCCUGCACACCAGCCUCUGCGCCACCGGCGGCGGCGCCUACAAGUUUGAGGCCGACUUUCGCACGACGGCCGACCUGCAGCUGCACAAGCUGGACGAGCUGGACUGCCUGAUCCGCGGCGUGCUCUACAUCGACGCCGUGGUCUCCACGGGGCCGUCCGAGUGCUACUACUUCGAGAACCCCACGGAGCCGGAGCGCUGCGCGCAGCGGCCGUACGCGCUGGAGAACCCGUACCCUCUGCUGCUGGUCAACAUCGGCUCCGGCGUCAGCAUCCUGGCCGUGUACUCGGAGAACGACUACAAGCGCGUCACCGGGACCAGCCUGGGCGGGGGGACGUUCCUGGGCCUGUGCUGCCUGCUGACCGGCUGCUCCACCUUCGAGGAGGCUCUGGAAAUGGCGUCGCAGGGGGAGAGCACCCGCGUGGACAAACUGGUGCGGGACAUCUACGGCGGCGACUACGAGCGCUUCGGCCUGCCCGGCUGGGCCGUGGCCUCCAGUUUUGGCAACAUGAUGUCCAAAGACAAGCGCGAGUCCGUGUCCAAGGAGGAUCUGGCCCGGGCCACGCUGGUCACCAUCACCAACAACAUCGGCUCCAUCACGCGCAUGUGCGCCCUCAACGAGAACAUCGAGCGCGUGGUUUUUGUGGGCAACUUCCUGCGCGUCAACACGCUGUCCAUGAAGCUGCUGGCCUACGCCAUGGACUACUGGUCCAAAGGUCAACUCAAAGCGCUCUUCUUGCGCCACGAGGGUUACUUCGGAGCCGUCGGCGCUCUGCUGGAGCUGCUGCAUCCGUCCUGAAGCGAAAAUCGUCUCGGAACGGCGUCAGGCCGCUGCAGCGCAAAAGAAAACAUUGCACUUUAAAAAUCUUUCCGGUCAAGGAUCGUGACGCGCUUUCUCUGCGCUUUCAGGACGCCGGCGUGUCCGCUCGCAAAAAAAAAAGAAAAAAAGAAAGACCACAGUCACCGCCGUGGCCUGGAAAACGUACAAAAAGUAGCACUGAUGAUGCCAUUUUUUGUGCCUCGGUUAACUUUCAUUCAGUUUAGGACGCGUUUAAGAAAUAACCCACCAAAAAGACAUCAUGCCAAAUGUGCAAAUAAGAAUACUCUCUUCCUCCAAUAAAUGUACGUUACCUCAAUUAACCUCUCUGGAAAAGGUAGAAAUGGUCAUCUCACAUUUUUGCAACCUCCUGUUGCUAACCAAAACAGUUUCAGGCACCGCGGCAAUCACCGUCUUAGUGCUCGCUCCGCGUUGUUGCGCGCGUUCAUUUUUAUGCUACGCCAAAAAGUAAACGCCGCUCUCUAAACAAACCCGGCCGGAACGCCGAGUAGACAUUAUAUCGCUGAGAAGAUAACCGUGAGCCCAUUUGGACUCUCUUGCUAACCAAAACAGCAGCGGAUGCUGCGACUGUUAGCAUCCCAGUGACUUUGCACAUGCGUGUUUAUGUUACAUUGCUAAAUAUAUGCAUCGACCCAAAUAUAGAAACCGAAAUUAUCUCACAAAAAAAAAAAAAUCAAACUCUUACCAAGAGUAUUUCUUCUUUCUUUCUGGUCAGAACUCAUCAGAACAAGACUCAUUAUCUUAAAAACUUAACUUGAAAUAAGCCCCCCCACC